CUAUCGACAUAAAAAGCUUGAGGAGGGAUGUCAUAUCAUGCAUAAUGACAGACACAGUCACCAUUCACGUUUAUCGUAUGGAAAGCAAAUGAAUGUGAAUCGUGACUGUUUUUAGUAUGAGUGUGUUCGUCAGUCCGGGGAUGCAGAGAGACGCUGCUGGAGUCUGAUCGUCUCAUCCGUCAGCUGUGAUCAUGUUGUGUUUUUGGGGACCGCAGGUCAGAGAGGGUUUCGGGCUGGAACAGCCUGACAAAGUCAAACAUGGCAAUUCUGGAAUACGGUCCGUGUGUCCGAAAUCAAAAGUUCAGGACAUGUCAGCUGGACGGAGUUUUGUUGGAUUCAUCCGGGAUGGGAAGGUCUCGGUCCUGAGAUUGCGCAGUGAAGACUGUGAUCAUGAUGGAAAACUAAAGCAACUACAGCUAAAGAAUGACAGAAUCAGACUGAUUGUCUGUGGAGGAGAUCGUGCGGUUCUUCUUGCUUAUGGAGGAAGAGUUCUCAUCAUGGACAAAUCUACUGUGUGCAGGCCUCUUAUUGGUCUGGAUAACAGGCAGGUGAUUCAGAUCGCAUGUGGAGACCAUCAUUCAAUGGCACUAACCCACGAUGGUCAGUUGUUGGUAUGGGGUGAGAACUCUCAUGGUCAGCUGGGUUUAGAGAAAGAUCAUCCCGGCUCUCCGUCUGCUCAACAUGUUCAGAGUCUGAGUGGGAUCCCACUGGCUCAGAUCAGUGCUGGAGGAGACCACAGCUUUGGGUUGUCUCUCUCUGGAGUCGUGUUUGGAUGGGGAAAGAACUCUGCUGGACAGCUGGGCCUCGGAGACACUACAGACAGACACGUCCCAACGGUUGUAAAUAGUCUUAACCAGAAGCAAAUUGUGUCCAUCUCAUGUGGAGGGGAACACACUGCUACUUUAUCAAAGGGCGGCACAGUAUUCACAUUUGGAUCAGGAGGUUCUGGUCAGCUUGGGCACAAAUCGUUUAAAGACGAACAUCGUCCGCGGGUGGUUGCUGAACUGUGGGGAUCUGAAGUGUCACAGGUCACAUGUGGGAGACAUCACACACUCGUAUCAGUCGCGUCGUCAAAGCUGAUCUACUCAUUUGGAUGUUGGAUACAAGGGAAGUUGGGAAAUUGCAAAAUGAUCAAGAAGUCUGUGCCUUUCCCUUAUUUGUUGCACACAGAAUGUAAUCAUGAAUAUACGAUUGAAAAACUCAUAGCUGGGGAGAAUCAUUCCUUUGCCUUGUUUUUCAAAGAACUUGGAAAUGAGUCUGCAAAGUCUAAACCCAAUCCUAUCAGAGGGGUUUUGACAUUAAAUGACAGAAUGAUUGACCGCUGGGUGUCUGAAAGAGACUCAUGGGCAGCAAUAAAGAAGGAAAUAAAAAAAGUGUUCUCCUCUGCUGCCUGUUUGAAUGGAAGUUUUCUCAAAGCAAGUCAUGAUGAACAGGAUUUUGAGCUGGCUGAAAAAGCUUUUUCAAAGUUAUUAGGGAAUGAAAAGGUGAUAUCAAAGGUAGUGAAGGUGGUUCAACAGAUGCUGCGAUCUCUGAAUCCAAAUCCAUUUGGUGAGGAAUCUCUGAGACUUUACAUUCUCCUCCCUGAGCUCAUCAGACGUCUCCAGAAACAACAACGAACUGAACUCACUGAAGCUCUGGCCUCCAAAAUUCUUCAGCUGAAUCCUGAUGCUCGCAAAGUGUUAGAGAAGUACUGGUCCAGACUCCCGGAUGAUUGCCUCAAAAGCCUGGUCAAGUUAUUUCGCAAAGCAUCUGCUGAGAUGAUUGGCCAGGUUUCUCGGGGUGAAAUGAAUCAGGAUAUACAACACUUGGAGAACUUUAUGCAGAUCCUUCAGAUGAUCUAUCAGGUCUGCUGCAGUGCCAACAGAGACGUCACAAACAGGGAUUUCAUCAUUCAUGAGAUCAAUGAUCUACUAGAUACGCUGCAAGUCACCAUGGAAGACCUGGAAGAGUGCAUUGAUUUCAAUGAAACAGUUUUGAAAAAGUACUACAUUGGAAUAAUUCAAAUAUUAUUCAAGUUCCCUUUUGCGGCUGACACUGUAUCUAAAUGGAGAAUGUUUCGUUACUUGCGGGACGAAUGGAUACAGAGCAGUCGAGACAGAUUCAUAUUGAAUGACAAUAUCAACAUGUUGCUCAUAAACAGAGAAUCAGUGUUGAUGGACACACUUGAGUAUCUCAGACAAGACAUCCACUUAUUUUUACAUCAAUUGGAGGUGGUGUUCAUCGGGGAGAAUGGAAUAGAUAUGAGGGGUUUAUCGGCAGAAUUUUUCUCCCUCCUUUCCCAGUCUCUUCUGAAAUGGGAGAAGAAGGUGCUGGAAGUCCAUGAGAGUUCACUGGUUUGGUUCAAUCCUGAUGGCAUGCAAGAUGAUAGUGAUUUUUACUAUCUUGGUGUUAUUUGUGGAAUAGCGCUCUACAACCAUCAUUAUAUAAACCUUGACUUCCCACUGGCCUUGUACAAGAAACUCCUCCAGCUGAGUCCCACUCUGAAUGAUCUGGAGGAACUGUCUCCUGUGGAGGCCAGAAGUCUGAAAAGCCUUCUUGAGGAGGAAGAAGAUGAAGUAGUGGAUAUGCUCUUUUUGGAUUUCACGGUCAAAGGGCAAGAGCUCAUUCCAAAUGGAAAUCAAAUUCCAGUGACUAAAUCUAAUAGACAGAAGUAUUUGGAUUUGUAUGUCGACUUUGUUUUCAACAAGUCAGUGAAGAAUCAGUUCGAGCAUUUUUCAAGAGGUUUCUUUAAGGGCUGCCCCCUCGAUUUCUGGAGCAUGUUCCACCCUGAGGAACUCCAGGCGCUUCUCCGCGGCUCCCCUAAAUACGAGUGGAAGGAGCUUCAGCAGUGUGCUUCCUAUGAAAAGUGUUCUGCCUCUGAUGAGCUCAUCAAGAACUUCUGGACUGUUUUCUUUGAGUUCACUGAGGAGAACAAGAGGAAAUUUCUGAUUUUCAUGUAUGGAACGGACCGUGUCCCUGUGGAAGGUUUCUCAAAGCGCUCUCUGAAGAUUUCACAGUCAGACUGUCCUGAUGCAGAAGACCGACUGCCAGAGGCCCAGACCUGUUUCGGCAAAUUAAUUCUUCCCAAAUACAGCGAUAUCAACACACUUCGUGACAAGCUAAUGCACGCAAUCAGCUUUUGUGAGGUUUUUGGACGAGGGUGAACUUCUCUUGAGGUUCCCAACCCCAAAAUAUAAGCUAUGCAGUCACAGAUUUGCCAUAUAGAUGCAACACAGAUCACUCUCGUUGGGAGCAAAACAUUUUAAUUAAUGUUGUCACAUUAUUUAUGUAGAUUUAUAUAGUUAUUAUAGUAAAUAUUUGUAAAUAAAAACACAAUAAGAUAGCAAUAUUCUAUUUUUAGCACUACUUUGU